AGCAGUCACAGCUGUGACACUCUGUGUGCUGCUGCACAGCCCGAGAGUCAGCUAAAAAGGGGGCAUAUCAUCCUCAUCAUCUGUCAUGGGAAACCGCUGGUUAAUUUGGACUGGUGGCCGGAAACAGAUUUGCUGACGGUGGGUUUAUAUGGCUACCACGAGAAAUAAGGCGUAAAAUGGAUUUAUAGAAUCUCAUUGUGAGCCAUCGUCUUAAUAGGAUUUCUUAGGUAGAAACAACUUGCGGACCCUCGGCCAUGGCUCCGAGAAAAAGAAACAGUCGUGGGAUCUCCUUUAUCUUCUGCUGUUUUCGGACCAAUGACCACCCGGAGAUCACAUACCGGUUACGGAAUGACAGCAACUUUGCGUUGCAGACGAUGGAGCCGUCGUUACCGAUUCCUCCCCUGGAUGAGCUGGACACCAUGUUUGCAGAGCUGGUGGAUGAACUGGACCUCAGUGACAAGCACCGAGAAGCUAUGUUUGCCCUCCCGGCUGAGAAGAAAUGGCAGAUUUACUGCAGCAAGAAAAAAGAUCAGGAAGAAAACAAAGGAGCUACGAGCUGGCCUGAAUUCUACAUCGAUCAGCUGAAUUUAAUGGCUGCUAGGAGGACAUUGCUGGCAAUGGAGAAAGAAGACGAAGAUGAGAGAAAUAAAACCAUUGAGAGCUUGAAAACGGCGCUGAGGACGAAGCCAAUGAGGUUUGUGACCAGAUUUAUAGAUUUGGAUGGAUUAACAUGCAUCUUGAACUUCCUAAAAAGCAUGGACUAUGACAUAGCAGAGUCCCAAAUACAUACCUCUCUCAUUGGCUGCAUCAAGGCACUAAUGAACAACUCCCAGGGACGAGCUCACGUCUUGGCCCAUUCAGAGAGCAUCAACGUCAUCGCACAGAGUCUCGCAACAGAGAACAUAAAGACUAAAGUGGCCGUGCUGGAAAUUAUGGGUGCCGUCUGUUUAGUUCCCGGAGGUCACAAGAAGGUUUUAGAAGCCAUGCUGCACUACCAGAAAUACGCCAGCGAGAGGACGCGCUUUCAGACCUUGAUUAAUGAUCUAGAUCGGAGCACAGGAAGGUACCGGGAUGAAGUUAGUUUGAAGACGGCCAUCAUGUCCUUUAUUAAUGCAGUCCUUAGUCAAGGUGCUGGAGUGGAAAGCUUAGACUUCAGACUUCAUCUUCGGUAUGAGUUUUUGAUGCUUGGAAUACAACCGGUUAUAGAUAAACUGCGAGAACAUGAUAAUUCAACACUCGACAGACAUCUAGAUUUUUUUGAAAUGCUGCGAAAUGAAGACGAGCUAGAAUUUGCCAAAAGAUUUGAUUUGGUUCAUAUAGACACUAAAAGUGCCACCCAGAUGUUUGAAUUAAUAAGGAAAAGAUUAACUCACACAGAUUCCUAUCCUCACUUUACAUCUAUACUUCACCACUGCCUACAAAUGCCUUAUAAAAGAAGUGGCAACACUGUGCAUUACUGGCUUCUCCUGGACCGAAUAGUACAGCAAAUAGUUAUCCAGAACGACAAAGGACAGGAUCCCGACAUUUCACCAAUAGAGAAUUUUAAUGUUAAAAAUGUUGUCCGAAUGCUGGUUAACGAAAAUGAAGUCAAGCAGUGGAAGGAACAAGCGGAGAAAAUGAGAAAAGAACACCAAGAACUGCAGCAGAAAUUGGAAAAGAAAGAGCGAGAAUGCGAUGCAAAGACUCAAGAGAAAGAAGAGAUGAUGGAAACCUUGAAUAAAAUGAAAGAGAAGCUGGAGAAAGAGUCCACCGAGUACAAGCAAGUAAAGCAGCAGGUGGUGGAGCUCACGGCACAAAUCCAGGAGCUGAGCAGUAGGGCUAUCUCUGCUACUGUACCUAGCGGACCUCCUCCUCCUCCCAUGCCUGGUGGCCCUGUGCCUUUUCCUCCUGGGAAUUUCAUGCCACCUCCACCACCACCGCCUUUACCAGGUGGAAUGGCCCCACCACCUCCUCCACCUCCCCCAGGAGGUCUACCUUUUCCUCCCGGCCCUCCACCUUUAGGGGGUUUGGCAGCACCUCUGGGAGCCCCUCUGGGGCCAUCACUUAAAAAGAAGAAUAUCCCACAACCAACAAAUCCACUCAAGUCUUUCAACUGGUCUAAAUUACCAGAGAACAAGCUGAGCGGUACCUUGUGGGUUGAUAUUGAUGAUACCAAGGUGUUCAAGAUCCUGGAUCUAGAUGAUAUAGAACGCACAUUCUCAGCUUACCAAAGACAGCAGGAUUUCUUCAUGAACAACGGGAUCAAACAGGUGCUCUCAAGAAGAGACACAUUAAAUGUUCCGAAAGAAACAGAAACCAAUGAAGACACACUUGGAUCAAAGAAGGUAAAGGAACUAUCUGUGAUCGAUGGAAGGAGAGCCCAAAACUGUAACAUUCUCCUGUCAAGACUCAAGCUGUCAAAUGAUGAAAUUAAGCGUGCGAUCUUAACAAUGGACGAGCAGGAAGAUCUUCCAAAGGACAUGUUGGAACAGCUGUUGAAGUUUAUUCCAGAAAAGAGUGACAUCGAUUUGCUGGAAGAGCACAAACAUGCGCUAGAUCGCAUGGCCAAAGCAGACCGAUUUCUGUUCGAGAUGAGCAGGAUUAAUCAUUAUCAGCAGAGGUUGCAGUCUCUAUACUUCAAAAAGAAGUUUGCUGAAAGAGUUGCCGAAGUAAAACCAAAGGUGGAAGCAAUUCGUUCGGCCUCAAAGGAAGUUCUGCACAGUAAGAGCCUAAAACAAUUCUUAGAGGUGGUCCUUGCCUUUGGAAACUACAUGAACAAAGGCCAGAGAGGGAAUGCCUAUGGGUUUAAAAUCUCCAGCUUAAACAAGAUUGCAGACACGAAAUCCAGCAUUGACAAAAACAUCACCCUGUUGCACUAUCUCAUAACGGUUGUUGAGAAGAAGUAUCCGAAAAUCUUAAAUUUGCAUGAAGAGUUGAAAAGCAUCCCUGAAGCCGCAAAAGUAAAUAUGACUGAACUGGAUAAAGAAAUUAGCACGCUUAGAACUGGAUUAAAGGCUGUGGAGAGUGAGCUGGAUUUCCAGAAGAACCAGUCGUCCCAGCCAGGAGAUAAAUUUGUGUCUGUUGUCAGUCAGUUCAUUACUGUAGCUGGGUUCAGCUUCUCCGACGUGGAGGACCUGCUCACUGAAUCCAAAGAUCUGUUUGUGAAGUCAACCAAACAUUUUGGAGAGGAAGCCAACAAAAUGCAGCCAGAUGAGUUUUUUGGAAUGUUUGAUCAGUUUCUUCAGGCACUUUCUGAAGCCAAACAGGAGAAUGAAAACAUCAGAAAACGAAAGGAAGAGGAAGAACGCAGAGCGCGGAUGGAAGCACAGCUUAAGGAGCAACGUGAUCGUGAACGUAAAGCGAGGAAGGCGAAGGAAAGCGGCGAGGAAGAGGGAGAGUUUGACGACUUGGUUUCAGCUUUACGUUCAGGCGAAGUCUUUGAUAAGGACCUUUCCAAAUUAAAACGGAACCGCAAGCGCAUAAUCAGCCAAACUACCGAGAGCAGCCGGGAGCGACCUGUGACCAAACUGAAUUAUUGAUCUGCUACCAGAACCCGCCCUUAUAGACUUCUAACAGACUCUAUAGAACUUUCCAUCACACUGCCUUGGGAUCCGUUACUGUAACCACGGGGUUUUAUGGGGGAGUGGGAAGAUGUUUGUAUAUAUGUACUCUAUGUAAUAUAAUGUGUGUGCAUAUGUAUGUGCAUAAAGUAUAUUUAUGCACACAUAUGUAUAUAGUUUGGAAGAGUUGAUGCACAUAUAAAAUGUGUUCUUAUUGCAGUAUUAUGUAUAUAUGUGUAUAGAUGUGGACACAUGUAUACAUACCCACUGUUGUUAAGUUGGGUUUUUUGAGUGGGGGUUCUUCCUAUAGUGGAAGAUCCCUCCCCCCUUUAAUUUAGUGCAAAAGCACAAACCAUGUUCUCCAGAAUAAAAGCAAAAUCAUUCCUUAAAUAUUCCAUUUUUUUUCAUUGUAUUCUGGAACCGAGAAAUGGUGAUUUAGAUAACAUUACCAAAAAUAUCUGGUGUGGUAGCAUCUUCCAAAAUGUUAAACCCUUCCUGAAUAUGACAGGGCUAUAUUCAUGCCCAACUGCUUGUCAUGAAGGGGUUAAACCUCUGAGUGCAUGCAUCCGUCUGUAGCUUAUAGGACCAAUAGUUCCCUCUCAGAGACUGCACUAAAACCCAUAACUCCAACCAUCAUCUCACUACUACUGAACGCGUUAAUCUGUGCUCCAAGGUUUCUACACAAUUGACACUUGAUCUUUUAGAAGGUUUCGGUUAGAGGUAUAAAUCAGAUUUAUUAACAUUUUCAAAAAAGAUUGCUCAUUGCUGUAUAGAAAUUUAAAAUAAAAAUAAAUUAAAAAUAUUUUUUAUACCGGAGCAUUUUACUGGCUGACUCAAAAAGAAUAGAGUGUUUGCUGUAAGAAUCUAACCGAUUCAUAGAAUUUUCAUUGUUCGGGUUAACAAAAAACCAACCCGAUACAACUGUUUCUGUGCCCUUACCAUUGCUCUGUUAACGGCCAAUUCUCCUUUGCGCAAUGCAAACUGUUACAAUUUUACCAGUGAGCACACAUCUCAGGGACAUAGAUCAAACUUCCCUCAAAUGAACUGCAAGUUGGUGCUUGCCAUGUGUAGCUUAAAUAAAAAGACAAUACAAUACUUUUGCAAUAUGUUAGUACUGUUUUUAACUUAUUUAAUUUUCAUAAACACUGUUAUUUCCUCUCUACAGAGAGACUGGACUAUUAAACUGUUGUAGAGAAGAUUUUUAAUUCAUAAACAAUUAUUCCAA